AUGAUGGCGACCACCACGGGCGCGCGGCUGCUGUGCGGCGGCGGUUCCCAGCUCCGCUUCGUUGUGGCGGCAGCGGCAGCCGGUACAGGACGCAGCUCUUUGACGGCUCUAGCCAAACGCCCGGCACUGCGUAGCGCGGUGCUGGUGGCUCGCGCUGGACUAGCCACGACACCACGUGUGCUCUCCUCGGCCACCGCCACGGCAGCGGAAGAGGGCCAAAAGCCACCCUUCGUCGUGCCGGAAGACGUGCCAGCCAUUCAGUUUGUGCAACAGCAGACCGAGCCAGUUUUUGACUUUGAGUCUGCAACUCAAGUACUUCGGGCCUUGUCUGUCAACCCCGAAACCAUUGAGGCCCAUUUCAAGGUCUCUAUGCGUGGUGAUAAGACGAAGAAGAAGGGCCGCCCACGUGACCCCAUCCGCGGCGUCUUGGUCAUGCCAAACCUUUUCCGGCCGCUUCGCCGUGUUGUUGUUUUUGCAGAUGGCGAGGAUGCACAACUGGCCCGUGAGGCUGGCGCGUACCGCGUAGGCGGACCUGAAAUGCUCGCCGAUUUUGAGCGUGGGCGCAUCGAGUAUGACAUUAUCAUGGCCACCACAAGUAUGGCCCGCGAAAUCAAGCGCGAGGGAGGUCGCGUGCUUCGCGCCAACAUGCCCACGGAGAAGAAGGGAACCGUGGUUGAUGACAUCGCCGAGGCCGUGCCUCGAGUAGCUCGUGGUGUCAGCUUUCGAAGCGAUGCUCAUGGCGCCAUCAACAUUCCCGUUGCCAAGACUACCAUGACGGUGGAACAAAUUGAGGCCAACGUGGUCGCGGCCAUGCAGGGCCUGAUGACAUACAGCCUGGGCGAGCGCACCAAGUUUAUUGAACAGCUGUAUCUGUCCGCACAGCAGACCCCUGGCAUGCGCGUGACCCAUGAUCCUCUGGUUGCGCAGGCGCUCGAGUAGGCUUGCAGUGUACUGCCACAGGCUUGUCGUGCCACCGAUUUUUGUUUUUGUUUUUACCUGACAUGCACCCUGCAUCUCUCCCUCCCUUCCUCUUUCUUUUCUGCAACUACUUGCCAUGGCCUACGGGUGUCUGAGCCGAGCUGUAUGACCUAUUUCUCAAUUAAACAAAAGAUGAACAA